CUGCUGUAGAGCGGCUUGCGUGACGUGUUCGGCGGAGCCACACGGCGAGUGGUGACCGAGGGGAGAGAAACCCCCCAAAGAAGAAAGAAAACGGUUUUGGAGACUUUUAAUUGGUUGUAAAAAAAAAAAAAAAAAACUUGGAUUUUUUUUUUCUUUUAAAUCCCGGUGGUCGUUUUUAAUCGAAAGAAGCAAAAUGGGACGAGGAGAAGGUCGAGAGCAAUAUGAGCUGGCAGCCACCUCUGAGCAGGGGGGCAAGAAGUCAAAGCCCAAGGGAAAGAAAGACAAGGAUAAAGAUAUGGAUGAACUCAAAAAAGAGGUGGACUUGGAUGAUCAUAAACUGACCCUGGAUGAACUCAGCCGAAAAUACAGCACUGAUUUAAAUAGGGGAUUGACAAACGAUCGUGCUAAGGAAAUCUUGGCACGUGAUGGACCUAAUGCAUUGACUCCACCUCCAACAACCCCAGAAUGGGUCAAGUUCUGCAAGCAGCUCUUUGGAGGAUUCUCCACUCUCCUUUGGAUUGGAGCCAUUCUUUGUUUUCUUGCCUACGGCAUCCAGGCAGCCUCCGAGGAGGAACCUGUCAAUGAUAACUUGUAUCUGGGUAUUGUACUCUCUGCUGUCGUGAUGGUCACUGGAUGUUUCUCGUACUACCAAGAGGCCAAGAGCUCAAAGAUCAUGGACUCUUUCAAGAACCUCGUCCCUCAGCAAGCCUUGGUUAUCCGUGAUGGUGAAAAGAAGAAUAUCAAUGCUGAAGAAGUUGUGGUUGGAGAUCUUGUGGAAGUCAAAGGUGGUGACAGAAUUCCCGCUGAUCUGCGUGUCAUUUCUGCUCAUGGAUGCAAGGUGGACAACUCAUCCCUCACUGGAGAAUCUGAGCCCCAGACUCGUGCUCCUGAUUUCUCCAAUGACAAUCCCCUGGAAACCAGAAACAUUGCAUUCUUCUCUACCAACUGUGUUGAAGGUACUGCCAGAGGUGUCGUCAUCAACACCGGUGACCGUACUGUCAUGGGUCGUAUCGCCACUCUUGCUUCUGGUCUUGAAGUUGGUCGAACUCCCAUCUCUAUUGAGAUCGAGCACUUUAUCCACAUCAUCACUGGUGUUGCUGUCUUCCUGGGUGUGUCUUUCUUCAUUCUCUCCCUGAUCCUUGGUUACACUUGGUUGGAAGCUGUCAUCUUCCUGAUUGGUAUCAUUGUUGCUAAUGUGCCAGAGGGUCUCCUGGCUACUGUUACUGUGUGUCUAACUCUGACUGCCAAACGUAUGGCGAAGAAGAACUGCCUGGUGAAGAAUCUUGAAGCUGUGGAGACUCUCGGCUCGACCUCCACAAUUUGCUCUGACAAGACUGGAACUUUGACCCAGAACCGAAUGACCGUCGCUCACAUGUGGUUUGACAACCAGAUUCAUGAAGCAGACACCACAGAGAACCAGAGUGGAACCUCAUUCGACAGGAGCUCUGCUACUUGGGCCGCGCUCGCACGUGUUGCUGGUCUCUGCAACCGUGCAGUCUUCCUUGCAGAACAAGAAAAUGUCCCAAUUCUUAAGAGAGACGUGGCGGGUGAUGCCUCAGAAUCUGCCCUGCUGAAGUGUAUAGAGCUGUGCUGUGGGUCGGUUAAAGAGAUGAGAGAGCAAUACACUAAGAUUGCAGAGAUACCAUUCAACUCCACUAACAAAUACCAGCUCUCCAUCCAUAAGAACCCCAAUAGCAAUAAAACUGAAUCCACACACCUGCUAGUAAUGAAAGGUGCUCCUGAGAGGAUCCUGGACCGGUGCAGCUCUAUUUUAAUCCAAGGAAAAGAGCAGCUGCUUGAUGAUGAGAUGAAGGACGCCUUCCAAAAUGCUUACUUGGAACUUGGUGGCCUUGGAGAAAGAGUGCUGGGUUUCUGCCACUUCAAUCUUCCUGAUGAACAGUUUCCUGAGGACUUCCAGUUCGAUUCAGAAGAGGUGAACUUCCCCACAGAGAACUUGUGCUUCAUUGGCCUUAUGUCCAUGAUUGACCCUCCUCGUGCUGCUGUACCAGAUGCUGUGGGCAAAUGUAGGAGUGCUGGAAUCAAGGUUAUCAUGGUUACUGGUGAUCAUCCAAUUACAGCCAAGGCCAUUGCUAAGGGAGUGGGCAUCAUCUCUGAGGGCAAUGAGACCGUUGAAGAUAUUGCUGCUCGCUUGAACAUUCCUAUUAAUGAGGUCAACCCAAGGGAUGCCAAGGCUUGUGUGAUCCAUGGUGGUGACCUGAAGGAUCUUUCCGCAGAGCAAUUAGAUGAUGUCUUGAAACACCACACAGAAAUUGUGUUUGCCAGAACAUCUCCUCAGCAGAAGCUGAUUAUCGUUGAAGGCUGCCAAAGACAGGGUGCCAUUGUAGCUGUAACUGGCGACGGUGUCAAUGAUUCUCCUGCACUGAAGAAGGCUGACAUUGGUGUGGCUAUGGGCAUCGCUGGAUCUGAUGUAUCCAAACAGGCUGCUGACAUGAUCCUUCUGGAUGACAACUUUGCCUCAAUUGUCACUGGAGUAGAAGAAGGCCGUCUGAUUUUUGACAACUUGAAGAAGUCCAUUGCCUACACCCUGACCAGUAACAUCCCUGAGAUCACCCCCUUCCUCCUCUUCAUCAUUGCCAACAUCCCUCUUCCUUUGGGUACCGUCACCAUUCUUUGCAUUGACCUGGGCACUGACAUGGUUCCUGCCAUUUCAUUGGCCUAUGAAGCUGCAGAGAGUGACAUCAUGAAGCGUCAACCCAGAAACCCCAAAACAGACAAACUUGUAAAUGAGAGACUCAUUAGCAUAGCCUACGGUCAGAUCGGAAUGAUUCAAGCUCUAGCUGGGUUCUUCACGUAUUUUGUCAUCUUGGCUGAAAAUGGCUUCCUGCCAUCGACACUGUUGGGCAUUCGAGUGCUUUGGGAUGACAAACAAGUCAACGACCUAGAAGACAGUUAUGGCCAGCAAUGGACUUAUGAGCAGAGGAAGAUUGUGGAGUUCACAUGCCACACAGCAUUCUUCACCAGUAUUGUAAUCGUGCAGUGGGCCGAUCUGAUCAUCUGCAAGACCAGAAGAAACUCUGUAUUCCAGCAAGGAAUGAAGAAUAAGAUUCUCAUCUUUGGCCUGUUUGAAGAAACCGCUCUUGCAGCUUUCCUGUCCUACUGCCCAGGCAUGGAUGUUGCCCUCAGAAUGUACCCACUGAAGCCAAACUGGUGGUUCUGCGCCUUCCCCUACUCGCUCCUCAUCUUUAUUUAUGAUGAAAUCCGAAAACUUAUCAUCCGACGCAGCCCAGGCGGUUGGGUGGAGAGGGAGACCUACUAUUAAAGCAUCCAGUCUGCAUCACACAAGUUUAUUUGCAUGGUUGUCUUGCUGCUCUGAAUUUUAACCUGUUAUUUGGAUGUUUUUAUAUAGGGAAUGCUUGUUACAAACACUGAGAUCUUGAACCAAGACAUUGUGUGCCUUGUUUCUGAAGCCGGACCAAUUUUAUACAUGGUUUUUAAAAGUGUACUAUAAAAAUAAACUUGCAGUCAGGUCCCACA